AUUAGCUUAAACACUAAGCUAGCAAUAUAUACCACCUUUCUCAACAAAAGAAUAUUAUGUAGCACCACUAUGAACUAACUCAUUUGCGUCAAAACUAAGCAACUCCAUUCAAAAACUUUCUACAUAAAAGAAUCUUGAGCUACCUAGCUUACCCUACUAUAAAACCAACUACUUCAACCCUAAAUUUUAGAGUAAACUUAGCCAUACCCAUUAUGUCUUGCCUAAGCCUAAAAUUUCCAAGAGCCAAUAAAAAGACAUGGUGGAAGAGUCUCACUUCAAAAAUCCAAACCAAACUCCACAAACUCAACAAGCCAAAAUCCAUUACCAAACACAAAUCAUCAUCAUCAAAACACAAUUCCAAGCCCAAGAGAUUUUUCCUUGUAGAGCCAAAACGUUUUCAAUAUCAUAAUCAUUAUCAGGUUAAACGACGUCGUUUUGUUUUAUUACCUUUAAUAAAACGUAGAAUAAGAAGCAGUGCUAGUAGAAUUACAACUAGUACUGCACCUGUUUACGUAGACAAUCUCUUCAAAGAAACUGCUUCUACUAUCUCGGUAAAACAUGUUCAUCAUAGUAGUAAAAUUGAUGAGAUUCAGUGCUCACCGGUGGCGGUUGCCCCGGGAACAAGCAAAGAAGGUGGUGGUGUGGAUGAUGUUGAUGUAGUGUGGGAGUCUAUGGGGUUUGCUUCUCCUCUUAUGCAUGGAAUUGAUGAGAGAGCAGAACAAUUUAUAGCCAAGUUUAGGGCUAAUAUGGAGGUUCAAGAACAAUUAUUGGCACGUGAUGAUCACUUGUAGUAUUUUCAUCAUCAUCAUAUCUUUCAAUUUUUUUUUUUUUUUUAAGUAUGUAUUUUGAUUUUAGACUAGUGAAAAUAGAGUACGAUCAUAACCAUUCAAUUAAUGAUCAAAUAUUGUAUUGUGAGAUUCUUAAUGGUUAGGAUUGAGUUCUAAUUGUAAAAUAUAGCCUACCAAAAUACACUAUCUUUCUCUUUCUCCAAUAUAUAUGUAUGUAUGUUAAAUGUAAAUAAGAGAUUUGUAUCAUUUUGUACAAGUUCUGUUCAGCUAUUUCACAAA